GCAGGAUUUAAUACAAAAGGUCAGGCUAGAAUAAUACCUUUCCACCAAAAGGAAGUUGAACUCUACUUGGCGAUGAAAGGAAGGGAGUUGCUGCUGUUACUGAAGGAUGGCGGAGAAGCAACGGAUACUUCAGGUUCCAGUGAAUGGCCAGCUUAUAACACCAGCCAACAUCAGAGAGAAAAAGCUCCUCAAGCCUAAGAAGAAGAGGAAAGCCCAGUGCUCAGACAAGGAGGUGCUGAAAGACCUUUCUGUGCAAAAAGACAAACUGCAGGAGGAGGAAGGAGUUUGGCAGACCAAGAUCAGCAGCCGAGAAAAGAGACACUUAAGGAAGGAAAGGCUGAAACAAAAAGAAGACCUCAGCAGAGCAUCCCUGGGUAGCUCGGCGGCUGAACCAGCCUUUGACUGGGAUGAGAAGGGAGCGGUGUGGCCACUCACAGAGGACAUCAGUGGCAGUGGAAAAGGUGCUCUCAUUGCCAAGGCAGAGUGUGGGACCAUGCUGAAGGCCUCAGGAGCCAUACGGGAAGAAUCAGUGUCCUCCCCAUCAGAGGAGGAUGUUUUCUCCAAUGUAGGAACAUGGGAUAUUGCGGAAGUAAAAUCCUGUCCUGUGACCUUUGGGACUUUAUCAGAGCUGUCCAGGGAGUUAGAUAAGAUGAAGAGUAAAUCGUCCGAAGACAGUCCUUCCAGAUGCUGUUGGCACACCAGCUCGACUUUCCUCCCCACAGACGAUGCGUGGCAAGGGCAGGACGAUCCUUCAGCGAUUGACCUAGACUCUGACUGGAAGGCUCCCACGGAAGAGUGGGGAAACUGGACAGGACAUGAGGAGCAUCAGGCAGGGGACGAGAAGGUGAAGGAUUUGCCAAAAAGCAAAGCAGGAAUUCAUUUCUGCCUUUCUGGAUUGAAAAGCAAAACGCAGAGGAAGAAGAAGAAAAUUGAGGUGAUGGAAGAAAAGGGUGGAGCUGGACUCAGGCAUCCCCAGGAAGGUUUGGAAACAAGAAUGGAAGAAGGCCCAAGGGACUUGAUAUCUACAAAACAUAGCAGUGAUGCGGUCUGUGCUUCCUUCAAAAAAUCCCUGGAUGUUGCUAAUAAUUCAUCCAAUAAUGGUGUACCUGGGAAUAAGGAGAGGAGGAAGAGGAAGAAAAUGAAGAAAGAGACUUGAGGGAUCUGUGCAGCUGCCAGAGCAACAACCCAACGGGGCAGACGUGCCCAUGGGCUGCAAGGAUUCUGCUUUCUGCCAUGCCGCGCUGAGCCCAAAGUCAAGAGAGGCUCUAGGAGACCUCCCAGCAAGAGGAAGAGGAGGAGAGGAGCAGCGAGAGAGCCGGAGAGCGUGAGUGUGUGAGCGAGGGGAGAGAAUGAGCACGCUGUGCACAGGAGGGAGCGGUGAAACGGAGCGGUUGUUCAUUACAAACUGCUGCCCUUGAUUAAAAGCUGUUGAAUGGGUUUUGACUGAGUUGCAUCGAGUCCUUUCAGUUCUUCACUGUCAUGUUGUUUGUCAUCUUGUAGUGUUAUACGCCAGUGUAGAAGCAGUCGGGACCUACCUGACCGUGAUUGUACUUAGGUUCCACGAAGGGUCCACCAGCUGGUCUCUGGCAUUUUUGCAGCAGUGCUCCUCCACAGGCUAGUAAUGGCCAGAAGGAAGCACUGUUCAGAGACAAAGGGAGAAUAACGCGGAUCAUUGUCCAGCCUCCUAAAUCUUUUAAAUUGUUCUUGGCUGCUACAGUCAGACUUUUGCCUCAUACCUUGACAUAUUUAUACUUCUCACCUCACAUCAGGCUAGCUUGCUCCACCAGGGAAAAUUUCUAAGAGGAGAUCUUAAACUCAUUUAGAAAGAUGGUCUAAACCUUUUUUUUUUUUCUCCUCAGAUUUCAUGGUGGGCUAAAGAUUAAAGUCUGUAUGUCCAAAGCAUGCUGCAUUUGUACUUAGAGUUGACUGAAGUAACUUUUUGAAAUCACUUUUAUUACUCUGAUGUUUAGAAGUUUAUCAUUUUGUUACUUAAAUACUGUGAAUGAAAUUUUUAAAAAUGUCAUUUUAAUAUUUAUUAAAGAGUGUGUAUUUGUUAUUGUCAGAGGGGUUAUAGCAUGGAGGAGGGAAUACAUUGCAAUCGAAUACUGUGGUUUAUAAAUAGCGCUGAGCUGACACCACUAAAAGCUGAAGGCCUUUAUCCCUGGAGGAGCUGCAGCUCUGGUGGUACCUGUGAGGGUUUCCUAGACGGUCCUGAGACUGUGCCUGCACCUGACCCACCCUAGAAGGGCUGCCCAGAUGGACGAGAUAAUGAUUGUCAAAUCUCCAUUCGCAUCUGACUUUGUGCCUUUGGAGACUGCAUGAGAUACUAAUGCAUGUUAAACAUAUGCACGUUCCUAGGCAUUGGGCUGAUGCUGAGACUCAAUUUCACGUCAGACACUGAUUAACCGGGGAUGUUAAUGGCUUUAUACCGCUACACCAGCACUUCUGUUUGCAUCACGGAGCCAGACGUGCUCUGUGCUCCCGCUGUUGCAGCCGCCAGUCCCCGACGGUGGCUUGUCUGAGCCUUGCCUGCAGCUCAGCAUUUUUACCUGAGAGCCUUCCUCUGUGGCUUCCCAGCUGUCAGAGCAGCUGUCUCCUUCAGAGAAGCACUUAAUCACAGCAACAUACUUGUGUUUGGAGCUCGGCUACUAUAUGUUAAAGGGCAGCUCUCUCGCGCUGUGGGUUUUGGGGGUAACCACCUGUACAGCGUGCCCUGAAAUCUAGCACAGCAGGAUUGUUUCAGACAGGGGAGGGGUCAUCUUUAACUGAUGCCACUUCGCAGCCCACUGUCUAGAAUCUGCACGUCUCGGUGUUCGUGUCCCAGUGUAAGGGACAUACAGGCAGUUUAUGAAUUGACUGAAUAGACCAAAGGGCUUUUAUCUGGAAACUAACUGGUUUGGAGCAGAUGCCUAACAAGAAAACGCAUGGCCUCACUGGAGAAACGAGUACGGCAAGUUCAAGGAUUUAGAAGAUGUGUUAAUGAGUAUGUGGGUAAUGAGUAAAGUUCUGCUAUCUCUGAAGCCAGUGGAAAACAUUCAUUGACCUCAUUGGAGCCAGGAUGUUGCCCAAGGUCUUUGUUUGGCAUUAAAGAUAACCUCUGUGAUCCAAAAAAAAAAAAAAAAA